AUGGGUGCCUUGCAGGGCUUCCGAUUUCAUCCUCAAGGAGUACAACAAAAUGAUGGGUUCGGACGAUAUUUAGGACUCACUGCUGAUUUUGGUGCAUCAAAACACCUGGUCUUUGAGGAGGUGCGCAACAAAAUUAAUGCCAAACUUAUGGGGUGGUCUGAACAAUACUUAUCUCAAGCUGGGAAGGAAGUUUUGAUCAAAGCAGUGGCUAUGGCUAUGCCUAAUUAUGCUAUGUCCUGUUUUAAGUUACCCAUUAAUUUAUGCAGGGAGAGUGAAAGGGUGAUCAUUAAUUAUUGGUGGAAGGGGCACAAGGAGCAUAAGGGUAUCCACUGGGUUGGAUGGCAACGUCUCAGUAUGAUGAAAGAGGCAAGGGGGUAUGGGUUUUCGAGAUCUUAG